AGUUCUUGACAUAUUAUUAUUUUCAAACAAGAAUACUACCCUUAAAAUCACAAAUAGUAGUGUGAGCAACAACUGAACAAACAUGCCUAUCAACAACGAGCAACAUACUGAUUGGAAUGGGUAUGCCAUGCCUUCGAAUCCRAACAGGAAUAUCGAUAGCAAUGUGGAGGAGGUGACCAGAAAAAUUGCGCCUGCUAUGAUCACGCCAUCACUCGGACCGAUGCCUCCCAUACCUGCUGGUAUGUUAUCGUCGUCGUCGUCUCAGCCAGAUCAUUUCAUCAAUGCAUAUCCUAGAAAGGCAUCGCCACCAUUCUACCACGAACGAACAUCGAGUUCGUUCUCUUGGAAGUUGACAUCUGUCCCCGUCCUACCGGAAUCUCACAGAGUAGAGAGGUCGGCCGCAUUCGUUCCGAAUGCYGAGCCCAUCGAGGUUUCCUCAAGAAUCAGCGAUAUGCUGCGAGAACGAUCCAUUCAAGCACAAUAUGAAAAUGGGAAGGCCAAGGUGAAGUGCACAACCAACGAAGGUGUUGACUUUCGUAUACGRUUGUACCGAGGCCGCGGCCGUUACAAYCACGGUAUUAUUGUGGAAGUUCAACGGAUUUUUGGCACAUCCUUGAUGUUUCACAGCGACACACAAGCCAUCCUAGAAGGAGCGCAAGGAAAGACCUCGGCUUCAAUUCCAACACCUACCAAAGCCUAUCUUCCAGAGGUUUCCGAAGAAGAUACCCAAGAACACCAAGUUAAUGUUAUUUCAAACGCUGAAUCCUCUUUCACAGYGGUAGAAAAGAUGAUGCAACUGUCCGGCUUCGACUCUCAAUACCUUGCUCUUCAGAUGCUUUCGCCGUUGGUGGACUCGAAACGGUUGAGCGCGUCUACAGCGCGUGCGGCWGCCACGAUUCUAUUUCAUCCAGRUUCUAAGGUAGGCAAGAAUGUCAUGAACUACGUUGCCAAYAAGAAAGUGGUUGUUUCAAAACCAAAGAAACGAGGACCAUUUGACGACGAGGACGAUGAUUCCGAUGAAGACGAAUCCUAUCUUGUGUUGCGGAACUUGUGUCUGAACAUACUGGCGAAUGCCGCAAAAUCUUAUGGACAAGCCCCGMCGUUUCUAAGAGAACGACUGCGAUCGGUACUGAUAGAAGAUUUAAGUGAGGCAGAGACUCAUCCAAACACGGCUUUCUUGGCCGCGAAGUGUUUGGAACACGUUAUUCCCGGAGACGAGUGCACGGCCGAGCUCAACAGAGCCUUUCGAGUAGCGCACAAUGUUGGCCAAGCCCGACACGCUAACCUAAUGCGUCAGGCCAAAAAAUGYAUGGACGCCACGGAUAGCGUUUCGAUCAAACGAUAAUGCUUCUUAAUUUUUAUUUUUUACUCUAUCAAGGAAACCAACUAGUGAGCAGAUGAAUGUACAGGAAGCAAGUCGGAAAAGRCUGUAGUGCGUAUUACAAACGGGGGACCCUUCAUAUUCCAUACUUUACAGGAUGAUUGAUUCUUUUUAAUUGCSAUCUCAGUCGAUGGAGACAAGAGAGACAAUCAAUACCUUGGCACCGCACGAACAAGCAUGCCAAGUUAGCAUGUCAGGCGGGACAACCACGCUAUUCCUUAUUGAAGCAUUCUAUGGAAUGUUGUGUUGUACGUAAUUAAGGUCUAGCGAGUUUCAGCUGUUACGUCACGACUGACUGGCUUCACUGUCAAAACUCGUUCUUCUGAUAUUAUCACGCGUUGAAGCGCAAGUUGAAUAGUGAUUUUUUUUGAUACUGUAUUGACAAUUUUCAAUUUUUCAUUUACACACUGCGGCUUACAGAUUCUUAUCAAUACAUGGUUUCUGUCACAGAACGAAGUGUAGCAUGGACUAUAAGUAAUACUAAGAGUUUCGUAACAAUAGAAACAGGACUCCGCCACAGAGCAAUAAGUAAUAAUUUCUUCU